GACCCGUCUUCUCCCCCCCCCCCGCAGCCCCGAUGCUGCCGACCCCCCUAUUCCCGACCCGCGCAGUGGCAGCGCUGAACGCCGUGGCUCAGGCCCUGCUCUUCCCCGCCGCCUUCACCCUCAACCUCCUCCUGGACCUCCGACCCACCACGGCCCAACGCCGCCUGCGGUGCCGCUGGGUAGACGUGGCCGCCAGGGCGGCGCUGGGUUCGCUGCUGGCAGUUCUACUACUGCUGGCGAUGCCGGCGGCGGUUGUGGGGCUGCUGCUUUGGUUGCCGGCCCAAAGGGCUCGGAGGCCAUUCGCCUACAGCUGUUGGGUUCCAGAGGGUCCGGCGAUGCCGUGGGACGGCCGACGGCGUCGGGAGUUCACCUUCGUCAGUGCCAACGUGUGUUUGUUGCCCAGCGGGCUGGCCAAGUUCAGCAAUCUGGGGCAGACGGGGAGCAGGGCCCGAUUCCUGGCGAGCUCGUUGGUGCCGCAGUGCCCCACGGAUCGGCAGCCCCUGGUGGGGAGCGGUGAUGCCAAAGGGUGGGGGUACGGAGGGACGCGGACGGAGCGGCGUGGGGAUGGAGGUGCGGCCACGGAGAUCCCACGGGACCCAAAGGAGGGGCUCCGGGUGACCCCAAAGGAGCCAUCCGAGGACAACCGAAGGGAGGCAGUCAUCGACAUGGCCGGGGAUGGGGUGAAGGGCACCCCGUGGGCCCCAACAACCACCCACACCCCAUGGGGUGGGGUCAAGGACACCUCAAAGGACCCAACCGUGGACACCCCGAUGGGCAAGGACACCCCAUGGAACCCAUCCAAGGCCACCCCAAGACACAGAGACCCCCCAAUGGACGAGGACACCCCAUGGGACCCAAGCAGGGCCACCCCAAUGGACAAGGCCACCCCAUGGGACCCAACCAGCGCCACCCCAAUGGACAAGGCCACCCCAUGGGACCCAACCAGGGCGGUCCCAAUGGACAAGGACACCCCAUGGGACCCAACCAGCACCACCCCAAUGGACAAGGCCACCCCAUGGGACCCAACCAGCGCCACCCCAAUGGACAAGGACACCCCAUGGGACCCAACCAGGGUGGCCCCAAUGGACAAGGCCACCCGAUGGGACCCAACCAGGGCCGCCCCAAUGGACAAGGACACCCCAAAGGACUCAACCAGCGCCACCCCAAGACACCGAGACCCCCUACAACCCACGUUCCUGGGUUCCUCCCCCCAGCUGUGGGAGCGCUUUCCCCCAGACGCAGACUUCGUGUGCCUGCAGGAGGUGUUUGACCCCAUGGCCGAGGCGGUGCUGUGCCGUCAGCUGGGCCUCCGUUACCCCCACGUGUUUCACGGGGUGGGGGCCGGGGGGCUCCAUGAUGGGGGGCUGAAGUUGCUGGGCAGUGGGCUGCUGGUGGCCGCCCGGUACCCACCGUUGGCCGCCAGCUUCUACUGCUACCCCAAUGGGGCCGGAGAGGACGCCCUGGCGGCCAAAGGGCUGCUGUGCAUCCAGGUGCUGUUGGGCUCUCAGGACGGCCGCCGCGUGUUGGGGUACCUCAGCUGCACCCAUCUGCAGGCGCCCGAACGGGACACCGCGGUGCGCAGUGAGCAGCUGAGGGCGGCGCUGCGUUGGGGGCGCCACUUCCGGGAGCAGCACACAAACACGGGGGACGUCGUGGCCUUCGAUGUGCUCUGCGGGGACCUCAACUUCGACAACUGCUCCCACGGUGGGGGGG